AUGUAUUUCCUCAGAUCUACCAUCUUGGCUUUGGCUGUAGGCACUUCCUUUGCCAGUCCUACUCCCGGCCAUGGUCAUGUUCGACAUGAAAAGCGCACAGGCGGUGAUCAAUUGAUCAAGAGGUCAAGAGCAGACCCAUCUAUGCAAUUGCCAGUGCGCAUUGCCCUUGCUCAGAACAAUCUGGAUCACGGGGGCAACCGGCUGCUAGAUAUCUCAGACCCCCGCUCUGCCAAUUUUGGAAAGCACCUGUCCUCUAAGGAGGUUGGGGACCUAUUCCGUCCUUCCAGCGAGUCUAUCAGUGCUGUCCGCCACUGGCUCCAUGACUCUGGCAUUGAGUUGGAAAGACACAAUGUCACUGUCGGCAGAGGAUGGCUGAAAUUCUAUGCCUCUGUAGGAGAGCUAGAAGAGUUGCUUUCCGCCAAAUAUCAUGUGUACGGGCACUUGGACUCCGGGGAGGCCCAUAUUGGUUGUGAUGAAUAUCACCUCCCGUCUGAAAUUGUUCCCCACGUCGACUUUGUUACUCCAAGUGUAUCUACGAUUCGAAUCGGCGAGAAAGACCUGAAGAAGAAAAAGCGUGGUGAAGUCAAGUCUCUCUCCCCAGCGUCCUUUCCGCCACAUGUCACUCCAGCCGGCAGCAGCUUUGAUACAAAUUCUUUUGUCAGUGGCGCAUCGGAAAUACCCUGCUACACUGCGGUUACGACCGAGUGUCUUAGAACGCUUUAUGGAAUACCCCUAGGCAAUUCUAGCAUAGCUGGAAAUGAGAUUGGAAUUUUUGAAUCGGGCGAUUACUACGACCAAGAAGACCUGGACAAGACUUUUGCGGCCAUCGCUCCUUACGUCCCACAAGGCUCGCAUCCCACACUCAAAGGUAUUGAUGGAGGUUACGCUCCAAUGGAGGACUACGUUGGCGUGGAAUCACUUCUUGACAUGACGCUGAUUCUCCCCUUGGUCUAUCCGCAACAGUCUAUCCUGUUCCAAGUCGACGAUUUGCACCAGGUUGAAUUUUCCGAAGGAUUCGGGGAUACUUUCCUUGAUGCGCUCGAUGCCUCAUACUGCACGUUUGAAGGCGGAGAUGAUCCAACUCUGGACCCCAAGUAUCCUGACACGGGUAAGAAUGUGACGGGACAACCAGCAGGUUCAUACAACCAGACUGAGAUGUGUGGUACAUAUACCCCAACCAAUGUCAUUUCUGUCUCUUAUGGGCUGGGCGAAAACACCUUUUCCAGAUUCUAUUGGGACCGACAAUGUCAGGAGUACAUGAAACUCGGCCUUCAAGGCGUCUCGGUUAUCUACGCUUCUGGAGAUUCUGGUGUGAGCAACCGUGGGCAAUGCAUCUCCCCGAACGGUACACACAACUAUGAUGAUACAGGAGCGUUCUCGCCGAGCUUUCCAGCCUCUUGUCCUUGGUUGACGUCCGUUGGCGCUACACAGUUCAACACCGACGAUAAAACCGAAAACGCUGUAUACGUCUACGAAGAAGAAUACUACUCUGGCGGCGGCUUCUCCAACUACUGGCCCGCGCCCAGCUACCAAGAACCGACGCUCGCCCACUACUUCGCCACGACCCCGCCCCCCUACAACAACACCAUCUACGGCACGCCCUACUACAACAAAUCCGGACGCGCCUAUCCAGACGUCGCGGCCAUCGGCCUCAACAUCCUCGUCUACCAGAACGGCCAGCCGAGCUUCGUGAGCGGCACGAGUGCCUCGGCACCGAUCUUCGCGUCGGUUAUUAAUCUGAUCAACGAAGAGCGCCUCGCGGCUGGCAAGUCGGUCGUCGGGUUCAUCAACCCCACGCUGUACCAGAACCCGGAUGCGUUUACGGAUAUCACCAACGGUACGAAUCCGGGGUGUGGCACGGACGGCUUUUCUGCUGUCAAGGGCUGGGAUCCGGUUACGGGGCUUGGAACACCGAUUUUUGAGAAGCUUUUGGAUGUCUUUAUGGCGUUGCCGUAG